AUUCAGAUAAACCAGUCUUACAUUUUGCAAUAUUUCUUUCCUACUUCAGGAUCCUAAACCAAUUCCCCUUUCCCUGCCCCACCCCCUCAGCCAGUUCAUAUAAAACUCACUCUGCCUUUAGCAACACCUUGCUAGGCUGUUGUCUGUUACUGCAUGAGUGUCUGCCUUCUCUCUGGGAGAAUGGACACUUACAUCUCUAUAGCUGACCCUUCUGUCUUGCUCUGCUUGAGUAUGACUGCAGCAUUUGGAAUAAUCACCUUUUACAAAACCAAGAAGAACCAGGUGGGGAAAAAGUGUGUAUUUGCCCGUGGUCUCCUCCUUCUGCUUUUAUUGGGAAUACUCUGUUUUGCCACGCUGAAAAGUUAUGUAGGCUUAAUCCUGUUCUCCAUGGCAUGUCUCAUCUGUUACAUUCACUUAUCAGUUCAAACAAUGUUACCUGUGGACAACAAAGCUGUAUUGAUCACAGGAAGCGAUUCCGGGAUUGGACAUGCAUUGGCGAAGUACCUUGAUAAUUUAGGAUUUGUUGUAUUUGCUGGUGUCUUAAAUAAAAAAGGAGCUGGGGCUGAAGAAUUAAAAAGAAGCUGUUCCCAGAGACUUUGUGUCCUGCAACUGGAUAUAACCAAUUCUGCACAAAUUAAGGAAGCCUAUCUUAAAAUUUCAGAGAUGGUGCAAAAUACAGGGUUAUGGGGUGUUGUCAACAAUGCUGGAAUCUUGGGGUUUCCUGCAGAUGGUGAACUGCUGCCCAUGAGUGUUUACAAGCAGUGUAUGGAUGUGAAUUUCUUUGGGCAUGUAGAGGUGACCAAAAUGUUCUUACCGUUACUUCGGAAAUCCAAAGGAAGGCUAAUUAAUAUCUCUAGUAUGGCAGGAGGCAUUCCGAUGACAAGGUUUGCCGCAUAUGGUGCAUCAAAAGCAGCUCUGUCCAUGUUUUCCGGAGUAAUGAGGCAGGAGCUUGCCAAAUGGGGAAUUAAAGUUGCUGCAGUUCAUCCAGGAGGCUUCAGAACAGGCAUACAAGGUACAUCUGAGCUGUGGGCUAAGCAAGAAAAGCAUCUUCUGGAGAAUCUCACACCAGACGUGAAGAAAGAUUAUGGUGAAGACUACAUUGAAGCACUGAAAUAUUUCCUCCUGCACAUGCCAGUUCAUUGUGCUCCUGACCUCUCUCCAGUACUAGAUGAUGUUCUCAAUGCUUUAUUGGCAAAGAGUCCACAUGGUUUAUACACUCCAGGCAAAAGUGCUUACCUAGCUCUGUGUACCUUUUGCUAUUUUCCUCUCUGGCUUUACGAUUUGUACAUUGGUAAGAUGCAAAGUAACAAAAGUGUACCCAGUGCUUUAAGGGCAUCAGAGGCCAAAAACAAGAACACGUAAGCAGAGUGUGGAAUUCCGUCAGCAUUUUAAAUUACACCAGGAGAACAGGGCAAGGUUUUGUGUGAAGACACCGUUUGCUACAUUGCAAUUUACUGGGGUCCUUUGCUCGUCAAAUUGCAUUCCAGCUGCUGGGCAAUUGGGGCUGAGGUUAAUCUCGAAGCUUUGUGUAUUUUAGACCUUGUCUACACUACGGGGGGAGAUUGAUCUAAAUUAUGCAACUUCAGCUAUGUGAAUAAUGUAGCUGAAGUUGACGUACUUAGAGCUACUUACCGCGGGGUCCACACUAUGCGAUGUCGACUGCACUUGCUGAGGACUAGCUUCUUGGCAAGUUUUAAAAAUAACUUCAUUUUAUUUGAGUGCCAAAAAAAGUUAUUUUGUUUAAGUACUUGGGGAUCAAAUGCUUCUCAUAUAUGGGAUAACUCAAUCAUGGUCAAAUUAAAUUUUACUUUAAAACAUUCUCUCUUUGGGUUCAGAACAUGUAUGACAAAUUUUGGCCCCCCUCAAGGGUAAUUUUUCUGAAAGUUUUCGGGGCUUAAAAAUUAAAGUGGAAAUGUUGUUUCCCCAUCAGGACUUAAAAACACCUUCAACAUUUGUACGUGUUCACUGGCAAGUGAGAUUUUUGAUUUUCAAAAGACUCUGUGUCUGUGUGACGCUGAUUUUCAGUGAACAAAGCCAAGUAAUGAAGCAAGAAUAACAACUUUUGGAGCCAAGGCUGUUUUUAGCAGGCCUAUAUGAUAACCUGAUAAGUGCUUCCUUGAUGCAUGGAUUUUCAAAAGACAAUAAAUGACCUGAGAGUGCAAGUCCUACUGAAAGUCCAACAUGUGACCAAGGGCCAGAUUUUUAAAGGUAUUUAAAAGGUGCCUGGUCAGAUUGUCAAAAUCGUCUCAGCGUGCAACACUCAAUUAAAUCAAUGAGUUUUAGGCAACUAGAUAUUUUGGGAAAAAAAAACCUGGGCACCUAAAUACCUUUUAAAAAAACCUGCUGCUACAUCACUGAGAAGCACAAGUCCUGUUGAAGAUCAAACAUGCGACUGUUAUUCAUGCGAAAAAUUAAUUGGCUUUGUGUUCCUAAAUUAUUUGAUUACCUAACACAUCUAGGGACAGUAGCACAAAAAUCAGUUAGGCUCUUUCAAAACUCCCAUGCACCAACGAUAAGUAGCUUCCAGUCUAUCACAUAAGCCUUCUAAACACAGUCCUAAUUACAAUCGUUUUUACUCUUGCCCUAUUACUUGACUUUAUUCAUACACGCAUUUAAUCUCAGGUUUGCACUUGUGAUACAUGGUAUUAUUUAUUUGCAUAGCAUGGGUGGUGUGCUAGGUGUUCUACAGAUAGGCCUAAAGAUUUUAUUUCCCCCUGACGGACCAAAAAUAGCUGGGUGGGAUAGAUGGCCCUUGGAGCAGAUUUUGGUGUUGUGUAGUGAAGCAAACUGGACAGGGUUAUACUUGACAUUGUUGAUAAACACAUGACUCUGGAGCUGCCUGUACCAUCAACAUCAUAUUCUCAUGAAGGUGACCCAAGUAAAAAAAAUGACAGACGGGGGGAAACCGUGGGAGAGGGGGAGGGAGGAAUUAAAAAUUCUAUUAAGAUGAUGAUAAAAAAAAAUAAGUAGUGAACAGAGUUUGAGCAUAGACGUUUCUGGUUAUCAGGGAAUAACAUACAGAUUAUCGAGGGUGCAAAGUUUGGCUUAAGAUCAGGUGGCAUGAGGAAUACAUAAUCUGCAAUAUCCCUGAUUGGGGGUAAAAGGUUGAUGGCUCAAAGUACAGACAUUGAGAUAUGAGGGUAUGAAGUUCAUUUCUGGUUGUGUUCGGGUGUGGAGUAUAAUGAAUGGAUAUGAUGAUGAGGAUGGCUUGACCCUCAUUUGGUGAGAUUUAAUGUUUAGGGAGUUUAUGGUUCCAGUUCAUAUGAUCCAACGGAGAAGGUCACUUGGUCCCUUUCUCUUCUUGCCUACCUAAUCUCAUUGUUAAUGUGGUGAGCAAAGGAAAGCAGCGAUACCUAAAGGGAUCAUGGUUUGAUCCAUUGAUCAAACAUACGGUUUGAUCCAUUGAAGCCAACAUGAAGAUGUCAGUUGAUCUCAGUGGACUUUGGAUUAGGCUCAUUUCUGUCACAACAGAAAGAUAUAACUACAUCAAAUACAUAGCCCAGUCGGUGCUUGUUUUAGAAAUCUUUCUUCUUCCCAGACACUUGGGUCAGAAAGGUGUGAAUUCAGCCUGAUUUCUCUUACAGUUCUCUGCUUUGCAACUGAUUGGUAAUCAGUGAACUUCCAAAUUUAGGUUUACUCUGUCAUUAGAGCUGUUUCCAACAUACUCUCGAUGUAGCUGGCCCUUUAAACAACCAUUUGCACCCUUAAGAUGAUCAUUUUGGUUGUGUAAGUUACAACACCCUUCCUUCGAGUAUUCAGACAUGGACAAGGCCUAACAGCCAAACUUUGUGCAGCUCUAAGUGAUGGACAAACAAAUCAGUAACUGAUUAAUCAUAUAAUGCUAGUAAAAGAGAAAUGAGAAUUAGAAUUACCAAGUGCCACAGCCAGCCUUCAACUGGCUUCACACCACCACGUCCUCACCUUUGUGGAGCAAAUAACAACAGUGAAUAGUCACGCAAUUCAUUUACACACAAUGAUCACUAGCAGAAUCAAUCUCUACUGGCACGAGAUAUCCACAUUACCUGGAACUGACAUUUUUCUGGUUACUCAUGCAUGGGAGCCUGCAAGUAACUUCAGGGCAGAGUUUGAUAAAAAGCCAACCUACACUGUGAAUAUCUAUAAACGUCUGAAUAUUCUUCAGAGCAAUAUGACUGACACCUGUGCAAAAUGUGAUAGCUGCUGGGUCUAGUAUCUAGACCAUGCUGUGACUCUCAAAAGCGAGCUCUGUGGUUAAGAUGUGGCUAGGCAAAAACAGAUAGAAUAUAAGACAGGAAACCAAUACAGGGAGCUUGACUCUCCCAAUUGCAACAUUGCUUGGAGGAAAAAUAUGUAAAAGAACCAAAAUGUAAGUAACAACAUACCAUACUAUGCUUUUGACUUUCCAGGGAAGUCUAUCAUAGUUACACCCAACCCUAUGGGUGAAAUCCUGCCGCCACUGAAUUCACAAGCUCCCAUUGACUUCAACUGCGUCAUGAUUUCACCCAGGGUCUGUGUAUAGAGAAACUCAUCUGGCUGUCUGCCCUCUACUUGUUUACAAAUGGUUUAUUACACUAAUUUCCAACUAUUAGGAUAACAAUGGUCUGUUAACACCUAUGCCUUACUGCCUGUUCACAUCCUUAAGCUAUAGAUAUAUAUAUAUAAUUACACUCUGUGGAUGAAACUGUUUACUCAGUUGGGUAGUGUCCUGAAACCAUUCAUUUGAAGCACCUGACUAAUUACUGAAAUAAGACUCCUGGGAAACCUGCAGCCCUAAAGACAGUGCCUGGAACUGGUAAAAGAAGCUCGGUGGCCUUUCUUGUGUUGCUUCCAUACCAGCGAGAGCCAGGCGCAUUCGAACUGGAAUGGUCCUGUUAAUUUUUGCUGAUACUUAACCAGUUCCACUGACUCAAGCUGGUUCUAACAAACACCCAAAUACGCAGUAUGUCUGCAUGACAACAGUGUAAAUGCUUGGAUUUCAAAAUGACUGAGCUUCGGAGCCUAUCAAAGGAACAGUGAAUUACGAAGCAUGCCUAGGGCCUUCCUUGUGUCUGUUAUAGUUUAAACUGGAUUAAUGUGGAAGUGGCCUUGAGGCAGUGCAGCUCUGCUGAUUUCCAGCAGCUCAGGGUCUGCCCCUCACAGUCUCGUCCCUGGUUGGAAAGCAGUUUCAGGGCGAACUCCUGGCCUCAUUGAAGGCAAUAGAAAAAACAUCCAUGGCUUCAGAGGGGCCAGGAUGUCGCCCUCAAUCAUAGAAUCAUAGAAAUGUGUGACUGAAAUGGAGCUCCAAUGGGCCGCAACUUCAACCUCCCUGCUCUGAGGAAAGACCAGGUAAACCUAGGCAUCCAUGACUGGCAGAGACAGAUUAAGGGGACCUAGGCCAGAGCAAGUGUGGGGGGGAGCCCUCCCCAUCUCUUCUGCCUGUGGUCCCCCACCUCUUCUGCCUGUGGUCCCGCUCCCCACCUCUUCUGCCUGUGGUCCCACUCCCACUCCACCCCUUCCACCUGCAUCCCUGCCCACAGCCCCACCCCUUUAUGCCUCUUCCCCAGGAACCUGCUCCUGCUCCACCCAGAGUCCCCCCAUUCUCCCCCAUCCCACUGCACCUGCACAACCUGUUUGCUCCUUUCUGUCCCCACCCCCUUGCAGCCCCAAGACCGGACUACACAGAGGAGAAAGAGCUCCUCCAGUCCCAGGGCCACAGCGGCGGUCCAGGUACUGGGGCUUCUCCUGCUCUGCCUGCCUGGUGCUUCUGCCGGGGAUGGGGUUGGGCAUGGGGGCGUCCCCUGCCACCCCGUGGCUUCUGCUGGGAAUGAGGUCGAGACACUGGCAGGAUUGAGGGCCGUUGGGAGCUUCCCCUCACUCCAGGGCUUCUGCUCACCCCAGGGCUUUCCCUGCCACCUUGCAGCUUCUGCCAGGGAUGGGGUCAGGGGCCACUGAGGGGGGGACUUCCCCCAUCCCACGGCUUCUGCCCCAUCCCACAGUUGGGGGGCAGCUGGGGGGGGCUCCCCCAUCCCACAAUUUCUGAUGGGGAUGGGGGUCAGGGCACGAGCAUUUCCCCUGCCCCAGCCCCAGCUGCUGGGGCUCUGGGCUUCUGCCACCCGGUGGCGGAUUUUUUUCCAGGGCCCCCCAGUUGGCCAGGGCCUCAGCCAGUCGCCCCAGUGAUUAAUCCACCACUGCUGACCGAUGUUUGUCCAACCUGUUCUUGAAAAAUCUCCAAUGAUGGGGAUUCCACAACCUCCCUUAGGAAGCUGUUCCAGUGUUUAACUUUCCUUUAUCGUUAUACAGCUUCUCGGUUAGCAUCUAACCUAAAUCUCUCUUGUUGCAGCUUAAGCUGCUUACUACUUGUCCUAUGGUCAGUGGAUAUGGAGACCAAUUGGUCUUUGUCCUCUUUAUAAAAGCCCUUAACAUGUCUGAAGAAUUACCGGGGUCUCCCUGAGUCGUCUUUUCUCAAGACUAAACACGCUCAGUUUUUUUUAAUCUCUCCUCAUAGGUCAGGGUUUUUCGAAACCUUUAAUCAUUUUGUGCCUCUCCUCUGGACUCGCUCCACUUUGGCCACAUCUUAAAGUGUGGACCUUAGGACUGGACCUGGUACUCAAGCUGAGGACUUACCAGUACCGUGUGGAGUGGAACAUUCUUGUGUCUUACAAAUGACACUCCUCUUAAUAUACCCCAGAAUGAUAUUAGGCUUUGUUGCAACUGCAUCACAUUAUUGACUCCACUACAACCCCCAGAGCCUUUUCAGCAGUACUACCCCCUUGCCAGUUAUGUACUUGUACAUUUGACUUUUCCUUUCUAAGCAUACUACUUUGCAUUUGUCUUUAUAGCAUUUCAUCUUGUACACUUCAGACCCAUUUGUCAAGGUCAUUUUGAAUUCUAAUCCUCACCUCUAAAGUGCUAGCAAUGCCCCCUCCCAGCUUGGUGUCACAGUCAUAUCCAACCUAAAACACCUUCAGACUCAAUCUUGGGGGGGGGUGGGGUGGGGAAUCACAUUUCAAAGGUAAUAAUAUUACAUUUCCAAACCCCAGAAAAACAAUAGUAAGCACAUUUCAUCUUAAUAAUAAGAGUGCCAAAAACACACUGAAGGUAGCUUUCUGUGGUAAAAACGUUCAACACGAUUAUAUUCCAAUGUAUCUCAGAGUGAAACUCGACUGCACCCUCUCCUUCCAUGAUCAUCUUGAGAAGGUAGCUGCAAAGAUAAAAACGAGCCAACAGAAUCCAGAAACUAGCAGGUACAACCUGGGGUGCAUCAGCAUCUGUGUUGCGAACAUCUGCAAUAGCAUUUUAAUAUUCAGCAGCUGAAUAUUGUGCACGGGUAUGGCACAGAUGCAGCCACACACGUCUUGUGGAUACCCAGCUAAAUACAGUGAUGCGGUGCAUCACGGGACCCCUUAAGUUGACUCCAACACCAUGGCUACCUGUCCUAUCUAACAUCGCUCCCCCACCGAUAUGCCAAACUGCUGCAAGAUUCUGUGAAGCUCAGUGAAUCUAGGAAAACAUGUCUUUCUAUUCACCAAGACCUUGACAUUACCCCCUUCCCCAAUGUCUUAAGUCCCACAAGCCUUUCUGGGAAUAUCCAUUUAGCCUCAUGCAAUCAGGCUAUGAUCAGAAGGAGGCCUGGAAAGCAGAUUGGGCUAAACAAGACUUAAAAAAUAAGCACCUUGUGCCAGAUCCCAUGCAGAAGUUUCCUUGGUUUGACCUUCCAUGGUCAUCUUGGUCAACUCUGAACCGAAUUCGAACCAACCAUGGUAGAUGCAGAUAUUGAAUGCACAAAUGGAAAAUCAAGGACAUCUGGUGUGCAAGUGUGGGUCCCCCUGACAGACCAUUGAACAUAUCGCUACCUACUGCCCAAUUUAUAAAUAUGAAGGAGGCAUCACUGCAAUAAAUUCUGCUACUCCUGAUGUAGCCACUUAGUUCCAUCAACUUCAGGUGAAAUUGUAGUUGCUGUGCUACACCAGCCAUACGAAAGAAGAAGAAAUUAUCUAUCUAUCUAUCAACCCCAUGUAAGCUGAUUCUUCUUUCGUAUGGCUGGUGUAGCACAGCAACUACAAUAUCUAUUAAAAUAUAUACAUACACACCCACCACACACACUGUGUUCAAUUUUCAUGGUUCAUAGCCUCAUUUCCAGGCAGGUAAGCCCCUGGGCAUGUCAGAGUCUCAAAGCAUGUCAACACUCAUUUAGCAAAAGUCAGUCCAGAACUUGUCUGCAAUGUGUUUUUCCUCUUAGCUGCUGCACUUUUAAUCAGUGUUAUGGUAGUAACAAUAGCACCUGACAUUUUACAAGGUACAUAGUGAAACUCCACUAAUGGAUACACCCAGGCGCAGCAGACCUGACCAAGAUGAUAUAAAUAUGUUUCUAAGAAUUUUCCAGUGUAUCAUUCUGACAUGUGACAAGCUGUGGGCCCCUUCUUAGGAACUGCACAGAUGAAGGGCCUGCCCUGGUUCCAGUCAUUUGUGUAUCUCCACCACAGCAGACCCUAGUGUAGACAGGCAAAGCUGCUAUUUGCACUAGUGGAGGCUGCUUCUGCUUGAAAGGGGGAAACCACAUUGACACAAAUGGCAGCUGUGCCCAUCUACAUUGGCAUGUGUACUUGUGCAGCUAUACUGACGGCUGGAAUCGGAGCAAAUCCCAGGGUAGUUGAGGUCUCUGUCUUCUUGAGUCAACCAAACGGUUUGUUCUCUUAGAUCUGCCAUGCAGUGCUGGCUAGAAGGGAAUUUAAAAAAUGAUAGGCAGUGACCAAGCACAAGGAGCCUAAUUCAUCCCCAGCUGUAUUCAACAGACUUGCAUCAGAGAUAGAUUUGUCCCAAGCAGUGCCUAUAUCCCCAAGGACAUGUCACUUUCCUAUAUACAGGAUGAAACCUUUCUUGGUAGCCAAAAGCGAUGGGAAACAGCUUUUCUGCAUGAGUUACUGCAGCUGAGGUUUUUACUCACGAAAGCUCAUGCCCAAAUAAAUCUGUUAGUCUUUAAGGUGCCACCAGACUCCUUGUUGUUUUUGUGGAUACAGACUAACACGGCUACCCCCUGAUACUUGUAGUGUGAAAUGUCCUCUAAAGUAUGGAGAGCGUUACACAGCUGGAUGGAUACACUGAAACAAAAAUUGAACAUUGUUAGGAGAAGGCCAUACAGCAUGUGGUAUCAAGCAAGAUGGCAUCUGACUUCGACCAAGCAAGCUGAAGAGCUGUUCCUUUUUCUUUUCUAGAUAAGAUUUUUUUCCCUUUUAUUUCUUUAUUUUGAAUAUACUUGUCCAGAGACAUCUGCCAAUUUAUUGAGCCGUUUAAGCUUUUUUUAAGUGUUAAUGUAUGACUGUUUAAGUAGUAGUAUGUGGGUACAGCUAUUCAAAAUGGCACCAUUAAUUAGUUACUAACCUAAAGUUUAAACAAAUCCCACCGCAAAGGGAAUCGUGAGUUGCUGCUCACCAUUGUAUUGAAAGUAGAGCAGUUAAGCUGGAAGGGGAGCAAACAAGAGUACAUCAAUCAAGCUACAGUGCUCCAAAGGAGUGUAGUGGUAUUUCAGGGUUGAGAAAGAGACAAGGCCUAUUUGAUUGGUUUGUUUUAUUUUAGUUUUUGUGACAUUCAUGAUGUAUUACACUGACCUCAUAAUCUGAUAAUUGAUUGUGCUGAGUAGAUGACUUGCUCAAUUGUUGAUCUUAUUUCAUGUUAUUGUUAAUUCCCUGAUUUAGUAAUUGAAUCUCAAUUGUAACUUUCAUUUGAUCAUUGCACUGUUAUAAAUUUCCCUAAGCCAGUUGAAAAUAUACAAAUCAAUCAAUCAGA